GACUCUAGGACAAUCCAAGAGAUUGUCAGGGCUGUCGUGGCAAACUUAAGUGCUCUGCCCAACUCUGCAGGCCUUCCACCACGCGCAACUUUGUCAGGAUCGUCAGCAUCUACGGUAGGGAAUGAGUUGAACAACAGCUUUCAAAUUCCGCGAGGACAGGCGACGCAACGUGGAAGCUUUUUCAAUAAUUUCAAUGCUAAAAAAAACUACAGCGUACGUUCGAACAAGGGAAAAUUUACUACUUCUCGAAAAGGGAAAUCGCCAGCUGUGAAAGCGGAUCUAAUCUACAAAGAUGUGUGCCUAUUGCCUUCUCUCGAGUGGACGGAAGUCCCUCGGAGAAAGGCAAAGGCCAAACUUGUGUCCAGUGGUAUGUACGUUGACGCCUGGCAGCUAGAUAAGAACCGGUCGGAGGCAGAAGUUCGAAGCCGGGUUUCUAGUUUAUUCCACUACUAUCUAUUUGUGAAUGGCGAAGAAAUCGAGUAAGUAUUACCUAAAUAAUGCGAUCCAAAUUAUUCCUAAAUGAGUAAGUUAUUAUUUUUUAGCGAAAAGUCAAUUAAACGCAACUGAAAAGUUUUUGAAAUGUGAUGUAAGCUUGUCAAGAUAUUUGUACAUUGGAAGGACUUAGUGUAUGCUGAAAAUCCCAAAUCAUCAUUACUAUUCCAACUCUGUCGUGUUUUCUAAAUGCGCAUAAGACUGUCGAUGGUUUCUCCUGGGAUUGUUUUACAGAUCUGUUCAGUUCCCAUCGCCGCUUGGCAGCCAUUUCCCUUCCUGGGAAGUAUUACAUUCAAUACCUAUAACUUUUUUAUCUGUUCUUUGCACAAGGUAUACAAAGAUUGUACCAAAAUCAAAUUUCCAGAGGAGGGGUCCAAUCACAAGGAGCUCAAUCCUUAAGCAAACAUAACCUGAAUGUUGAAAUCAAUAAUUCUUAGAAAUGGAAUUAAUAUAUCAAAAUGGCAUAUAUUUUAUUAAAUAUUAAACAUUUUGUUAAUUUUAUUGAAUAUCAAAUAUUUUAUUAAAUAUUAAUUAUUUAUAGAGUUUAUUAUGGGCUUUACAAUAGCCUGAGUACAGGGCCUAAUACUCAGGCUAUUUUUACAAAAAAUCUCCCCUCUGUAGAUAUAUAUAUAUAUAUAUAUUUAAUAAAAUAUUUGAUAUUCAAUAAAAUCAACAAAAUGUUUAUAUAUAUAUAUAUAUAGUAUUCUUAUUCAAUCCCCUGAAGAGUGAAUUGAUUCACUUGUUGGGAAAAGUGUAGUUUCUGGUAUUUUUAAAAUAAUAUUUGUACAUUCAGCUAAUUGCUUUGGCUCCUUGUGGUCAAAUGUGAGCAUGCUCUAACUUAAUUGUGAUAGUUAUUAUUUAAAGAUAACAAAUGCAUUUUCCUCUACAUUAUCAGCUUUGAAUUUGUAAGAGCAAUAGGAACAGAACUGCUACCAAUUACCUUGCAACCCAAUCAAGAGCUGGGAGGAAAAGUAUUAAAACAUGUAAUGGGAAAUGGCCCAAUUUAUGUAAGGGCACUUGCUGACAUACAUAUUCCUCAAAAAGUAAGUUUCAUUUUUUCCCCUUUAUUAAAGAUUAUUUAAGAAAAGAUCAUAGGUUUAGUAUUAUGCAAGUUAAAAUUUUAGUAAUGGGUAUGCAUACUAACAUUUACCAAUUUCAACUUUGUUUCAGUUUCAACUUUGUCAUUGAGCCUCAUAUAACAUUUUUUUGAUUUUUUGAAAAAUUGUAUGCUUUUUAAAUUUCUAUCAAUUUCUUUGUAUUUUCUUGCAAGGAAGUUUAAUAAUGAAAUCUGCAGAGCACUGUAGAUUGCUACAAUGCAAUGGAAUUUUGACAGUUUAAAAAAAUUAGGCUGCCAGUGGCAAUGACAAGAUUGUGAGGAAUGGUGUAAAAUGCUUUAGACAGGUCCAUUGAUACUACGGAGUAGAGAGGAUUCGCAGCUGUAUUUCUUGCUGUAUGCUCAGAUGAAGUCAGAUGAAAGGAUUUGAUAGAAAUUCUCUAGUUCAUCUGCAAGUAAUUCGAGCAACAAUUUUUUCAAUCCUUUGGACUUUACCAGUUGAAUUGUAAAUUCUUUUUGUGCAAAGACUGUACGUUCUCUUCUUUGCAGGAACAUGAAGAAGAUGAAAAUGAUCAAGCGCAUUUGGAUUCAGAUAAUGAGGAUAAUCUAGCAGAUCAUGAAGGUUCUUUACAGACCCAAGUAAGUAUUAUUAUUAAGUACACCCUUAAUAUUUAGUUUGCCCAUCAGUUUAAUGCAAGUAACAAAAACUAAAAUGAAAAAAAACAAGAUAGAAGGGUAAUUAUGUAUUACUGACUUUGCUGUGGACCAAAGUUGUUAAAAAAAAAAAUACAAUUGUAUGCAAAACAUGUAUAUUAGUUUUGGUUACACUUAUUCCCACACAGUUCCAAUGUAAUAAAUAUGUUAAUCAAACGUGCAUUGUCAUUGUCUGUUAAUUUUCUUUUAGCCAAAAAGUGCAAAGAUUGCAAAGGUUGACAUCACCGAACCUGACCAUGACCUUUCUGGGCCAUCAUCAUCAUCCAUCGCCCAACAUGACCGUGACAUUCCAGCUCCAUCAUCAUCCAUUGGCCAAUCUGACCAUGAUGUUCCUGGACAAAAUUCCUACCCAUGUGAUGAUUCCCAAACCAUGAGGCGCCAUUUAUCAGUCAUGUUUCCAGAUCUAAAAGAAGAUGUAAUUGCUAGGGUUGUUUCAUCCACACUGACAACAGAGGAAGCAGUAGACAUGGUGUUGAAGAUUCAAGCAUGCGUGAGAAUGAGUGAAUCAGAUGAAGGUGAAAAAAGUGCUGUCCACCGUUUCCAAAGAUAA